CCCAUUGGCCGGUAGGCGUGACGUAUAGAACGGAGGCGUGGAGGAGUUCUCCUGCUGCGCACGCACUUAUACACAUUUCUGGCGGGCUGAUACAAACACAAAAUGGAGUUGAUAUCUGCACUGCAAUUUCUGAAACUACGUGAAAUUACCGACGCGUGGGUGAAUGAUGCUUGGGACUUGGAGUUCACUGAGAUAAGACCACUUGAUGUCGACUUGGAUGAAGAACUGACAGCCAGAGGAGAGCACUUCUUAAACCUCCAUAAGUGCAUUCUUAAGUAUGCUGGCCUACAGCAGUCUGCAGCCAGGGAUGAAGCAUCACAGAAUAUAUGGGCAUACCUGGGGGAGAACAAUGUGCCUGUCAAGUCUUUGGUGGCUGCUCUUUCCUUUUUUGUCCUUACUGGAAAAAAUAAAAAAGCCAAAGUGGAGCAGAGAUUGAACAGCCUGCAUGCAGCAUCACUUUACUUGUUGUUACUGGGAAUGCCAGGGAGUAUUGCCAACAAGGUUUUCCAUGAGAUUUUGUUUGAUACAUGUUUGGACUUGAGCUCUCAUUGUUGGCCUGAGAACUCAGGAAAAAAACGUAAAAAAGACGGCUCAAAGAGUUCUAAAGCAGAUGGCAAACGCUCCAGACCUCAGAGGAAAGACCUUACAGAUAUGGAAGAGGAAGGCGAGGAAGAAGAAGAGGAGAUUCAUCUCUCUGGCUCAGACCUGAUGAAGAUCAGAGACGCCUUAUUUCUUUUGCUUCAAAGUCUCCUCAAACUCCUGCAGACACUUUCACUCAAAGACAGACCGCAGAGCCUCAGUAACUGUACACGGAUUUUAAGUAAUUUGCUGUACUUUGAGCCUGUCAUUGGGGAGAUAGAAUUUGCUCCUGUGAAAGACAUCACCAAGCUGAAGUGCGUUCCUGAGAUGGCCUUCUAUGGCCUGCAGUUGCUCUGCUCACCAAAACACGGAGAUCCGAAAGAGUCACUGCGGAGGGUUUUCCACCAACUUUUAUAUGUGAUCCUGAUGAUGAGUAAAGGCAACCGAAAAAAGCCGACCCUCCUUGUCGUCAACCAGGCCAUCUUAUCCACUCGAGACCAAACUAUAAGUUUUGUUAGUUACCUUGUGGAAGAGCUGAAGGAGUUAGCCGUACCCUUCCUGCAUAUCCUGUUGCAGCAUAUUUGUGUCCAGAUGGUUGAAAAGAGUGAGUUUCGCAGCCACGGAGCCCAGGCUGUGAGCAUGUUGACAUCGGAGAUGACGAACACGGACUACAGUCGCUUCAUUCGGUGGCUUUUGAACUUCAGCCGACACCCUAAGAUGGCCUGUCGACUUUUUGCUGUGGAUGUGGCAGUGGCACUGCUGGGAGAGCCAGAGAGAAAACCAGAGGAGUGUCAGGACCCAGGACUGGCCCCAUUUCUGCAACACAAGCUCCUGAUCCAGAGCCUGCUCUUCAGUGGACAGAUGGAUGAAUCCCCCACAGUUCAAGGCCAUGCUCUGUCCUCUUUGGCCAAAUGUUUAGAAAUCCCUUCAAUGAACGUUACGCAGGCUAUCCACAACCUUUUCAAUGAAACUGGAAAUUCAACAGUGCAUGAAGAUGAAAAUACGCAAGGAAGUUUUAAUGCCAAGCAGAAAACCUACCGUAUUAUCACCUUCAGGACUGUAGAGGUCGGCUCAAGUGAGAGCUUAGGCAGCGAUGCAAAAGCGAACUUGGCUCUUCUCUUCCGGCGAGUUAAGGACUCAAGGACGAGCGUGAGAAAAUCAGCACUGCAGGCCUUGAUGGGUCUCCUUAAACAUGACGUGAUCCCCGCGAGCUCUGAGAACUUGUUUGUGUUGUCUGAGCGUUGCAGAGACCCAGCCGUGUCCGUUAGGAAGAAGACCCUACAGUGCAUGGGAGAGCUGCUCACUGCCAAUCCACUGAAUAUUGCAGUGCAGAAGGCGUGGUUGCACGGUGUGGUGCCGGUGGUUUUGGACUCCGAAAACACAGUGCAGGACCGGGCCUUAGAAGCCCUGGAACAGAUGCUUCUCCAUCCAAUCACGUCGUACUCUUCUAGGUCCCACCAGGACACCUUUCAGAGGCUGGCCUGGGACCUGCUGGUGCUGCUUUGUCAAGACUGCAAAAAUCUUUGCAACUAUUUAGGCAAGGCUUUCAGCAUCUGGUCGAAACAAAACAAGUUCACGCCAUCGUUUAUCACCAACCUCAUCUCACACACUGAGGCAGAACAUGCCAGCGGAGCCUGGCUGCUGCUCUCCAAGGUUGGUAGUUUCUCUGCCAGACCGUCCUUGGAAAAGAUAGUGGACGCCUGGGACAGGAUGAUCAGUUCACGGGAAAUAAAUGUGACAGUCUGCUGUCAUAUUCUGUGUGUCAUUGGGAACAUUGCAGCGCAUUUAAAUGAAGACACCAAAGAGAGGAUGAUAGAUGAUCUGAUGUCUCGGCUGAAGAGGUUUGACAUGUCACUAGAAGUGAUCAGUGCUGCUGUGGACACUCUUUUUCAACUCGGUCGCGAUGAAGACAUCAAACAAACUCAGGCAUUUUUGAAUGAUCAUGGAGGCGAACUGGUGGCCGCCUGCGAGGCUUAUUUGGCCUCUGUCAUCCUUAGUGAAAACGGAGCUCAGAACCUUAAUGAAGAGCAAAUGAUAAAACACCUCCACACACUGGGUGUGGUGUCAUUGCAAUGUCCUACCAGGGUGGGGAAAAGAACAGUGCUUCUUGUGGAAUCCGUUCUUACAACAAAUACCGACAAACUGAAAGACCUCGAGGACAAACUGCCUGCCUCGCCUCUGUCCCAAUUUAGAGCAAACGCUCUCCCGACAAAAGUGAGAGCCCAGGGGGUCCUCACUUUAGGUAAACUGUGUCUGCAGCAUGAGGAACUAGUCCAGAAGUACUUGCCAGUGUUUGCGAGGGAGUUGGAAGUCGGUACGGAGAUGGCUGUGCGCAACAACGUGGUGAUCGUCAUGUGCGAUCUGUGCGUACGAUACACUGCAAUCGUGGAUCAUUACGUCCCCAACAUCUCCGCCUGUUUGCGGGACAGUGAAGCAGUCAUUCGGGAGCAGGCUCUCAUUAUGUUGACCAACCUGCUUCAGGAGGAAUUUGUGAAAUGGAAGGGCUCGCUCUUCUUUCGCUUCAUGGUGGCUCUUGUGGACCCAGAACCAGCAAUUGCAAGUCUAUGUAAAUACUGCCUGCUCCACCUGCUGCUGAAGAAGAACCCGGACAUGUUCAGCCAGCACUUCAUUGAGUGCAUUUUCCACUUAAACUGUUACGACAAACACAAAUCUUACAAGUUCCCCCAGAGUGAGAGUGAAAAGCUCAAGUUCUCCCUGAGAGGAGCCGGAUUCCUUGACAAGCGUUUUCAAAUUUACCGCUUCCUCUUGGAGCACUUCACAGACGCUCAGCGUUUCAACCUCAGUAACAAGAUAAACCACUCCAUCUUGGCAUGCUUCGCUGAUGAAGAGCUGCCUCUGGAUGAAGAUGGAGCUGCCAUUUUAUCUGAGACAUUCAAGAUAUUGAGCCUGAAGGAGAUGAAACUUCAGGCCAUUUCUGCUCCAGCUGUAGGCGGAGCAGGAGAGGAGGGGGAAGAAGAGAACGAGUACAACAUGGCCAGGGCAGUCCUUCAGACGGCUCAGAGGAAGUUGGUGUCCCAGGUCCAGAAAAAGGCAUUUAUAGAGAACACAGUGCCCAUUAUCACCAACUUGAAGAGUCUUCUAGAACAAAAACGCUCAACUGUCAUGAAAGACCUCAUGGCCUAUCUCCAGGUGAUCAUGCAGGACUUCCGCAGUGAAGUGAAAGAGUUUUUCGCGGGCGACGAGCAGCUGGCAGAGGAGUUAGAGUUCGCUUUGAAGAACGCUGAGAAGAACAGAGAGAUGGAGGAAGAAAACUGCCCCCCUGCUGGAGAGGCUAGGACCCCUACAGCAGAGGGUAUAGUCUUGAACUCGCCACCAAGGGCCAGGCCCAUUCUGCGGGAAAAAUUCGCUACUCCACAGCCCCCACGUCCAAGUGGUCUGCCGACUAGACUGACACAAACUGAGAGGCGUACGUACAAAUCCAAGGAAGUGUCCCACAAUCGGACGGUGCAGUUUUCUUUCGAAAAAACGGUUCUAUCAGGAAAAUCUAUAGAGGACAGAGCCAUCAGCACGCCAAUAGUUGGAGUCGUCAACUUGACCUUUGAGGAUGGCACCAGCCCAAUCCUCGGCGACCGAGGAAAAAAUAUGAAAUGUGCAGGAUUUAAGAAUGCCACGCCCACAUUAUAAUCACCAAUAAAUGAACAGUCUAACUGUUGUGUUUUUUGUUAUGUCAUUUUAACUGUUUUUUAACUGUUGCCUACAUGCACGUGGAGUUUUCUUGCCAUUUAGUCCAAUAAGUACAGUUUGUGAUUAAAUUUGAUAAAUUAUCUCAGAUUUUUAAACUUGAUUGUCAUCAAACAACAUGAUUUACAGUCAAUAUAAUUUUUUAAUACUGUGUAUCCCCUAUAAACGUUUUUAUUUUUUUGUCCAAUUGUCUUGUUUUUUUUUUUUUUUUUUUUUGCUGUAUAGUUUAGACAUGAUAAUAUAACGUUUUCUUUUCGUAAGAACUUUUUUAAAAAAUGCAACUUUCAUCAUGAUUUAGUAAAGUUAAUUUUCCUGAUGUAGCGUAAACUACUAUGGUAUGGAAUUUUGGACGAAGGCUGAAUUUGUAGCUGGGUUCUACAGUGUGACCGGUGAGGAAUCUUAGCACUGGGUCGUCCUUCCCUUCAUUACAGUGUAUUGCAUUUUGUAAUCCUUGCUUAUUUGUUUAUGUAUAAUAAA